AUGGGAAAUUCAGAGACAUCGAAUGACACUGAGGCAGACCGAUCAUUAUUAGGCACUAUAUCCAAAAACUGGAGAAAUGCGUUCAAAUUAACAGGUAAAGUUCUAAAAGGCGGCUUUGGAGGCGUGUUCAACGGUGUGUGGGGAGCUACUGCAUCUAAUGAUUCUGAAGAUGAGCAUAUUCAGGUUGAGACCGAGAGUUCUUCAGAAAAAACAAAGGAUAGCACGGAAACAAAAACAUUCGACCAAUGCAAAAAAGCACUUGAUGAAAAAUUAAAGGGCUCAACACGCGACAUCUUAUAUCCAUUAAGCGAAGACAUGAGUAUGGGAGAGGGUGCAGAGCUCUUUAGAAGAGUCAGUCUGAAAAUGGCCAUGCGAAAGUCAAGCUUAGACUCCAAAACAGGCAGAUAUAGAGACCUGCACAGAGGAUGCAUAUCCAUAUACAAAAUGAUUGGAGCAAACUCAAAAAAAAGGAAGACUAUCUCCAACGCAAAAUCAUUUAUGCAAAACAUACAAAAUGUAAUCAGCCACACAACAGGAAUGAAGGACAUUUCAUACACAUCAAUUCUUCUUCUUUUCUAUCUAAAAAAGCAUAACUGGCCGCUUUCCUCAAAUUUUUCGAACUAUGAAGUGGAAUUCCACAAGAGAAUGCCCUCUGCAUGCGGAGAGUCAUUGGAUCUCAGUGCUAGUUUAGUGCAGUGCUUCGUGUCCGAGGGAAUGAGGACAAAUUUCUAUGUCAACUUGGCAGCCCGGAUAGACCCUUCUUUCAAAGAGAUGUACACAAAUAUGCAUGAAGGAUUUAGCCACCUGGCCUUGCAGGCAGACAGAUCUUGCAACAGCACAAAGCGCGCAAUUGUAUUCUUCUAUGCCAUUUUAAAGGAAAUUAGGAAUAACAUAGAAGAACUUCUUUCCACGCUUUUAGAUGGGGUGGAUCUUACAGAGGAGGAGAAAAACGAGCUUGAAAAAGUUCUGCCUGAGCAAAGCGACGAGCAUAUCAAAGAGGCUGCGCAGUACAUAAGAAGCAUUAGGAGCUUAAAAAACCCUGUACUGGAGGAGGAACAGGCGCGCAAGGCUAAAGUGUCGGAACCAAUUAACUUGGAAAAGAAAAAAGAAGCAUCUGCUGCCAAGGAAGUGGACGCAGUUCUAAAAGAACCAAUGAAUUCUGAUACAAUAACGGCAAAAAAGAAUAGAAAAGUGCCUGCUCAAUACGAAGAUAGCAUGUCUCUAAUCAGUGACCUGAAAAACAGUGCUAUGUAUAGAAAGCAAAAGGCAAUUUACAUUGAAGCAAAUGACUUCUCUGAAUCUCCUCUUGAGCCAAAUAGCGUACUAGUGCAUGAGCCAGCAAUGAACCAUUCAGUCAUGGCGCACAUUCAAACCCAGCACGCGCAUGCAUUUGAUUUGUAUAAGUACGCACACUUACACCACAACAAAACAAAAUAG